AAAGGAGGUUAGUGGAAAGAAUAUAAAGUCAGCAUUAUUCACCAUUUUAAGCAAAAGAAAUUCUUUUCAAAUAAAGUAAGAAACAUAUAUUCCAAGUUACUCCACUAAUAAAAGGAAAGAAAAAUUGACACAAUUUAACUGGUCACCCAGAUUUAGAUAUUUUUUCUACAGUUUCUGCCAGGAUAAUCCAUUUACUUGGCCUAAAAUAUUCCAUUAUUCAAUCCUAUUAAGCGGCUUUCACUAAAAUGGGAUUUGAGGGUCAUAUGCACAUAACCACACUCUUGUUAGUAAAAGAGGUUUGUCCUAUUGCCUCUAGGUAGCUAAUAAAAAGGUUGUUUUCAAUUUACUUAAACCUAGUGGAUGUAAAAAUUAUAUAAUCAUAAAUAACCUUCUUACUGGAAUAGGAUUUAUAGAGCAAACAUUUAGCAAGUCUAUUAACUAAUUCAGUUCUCAUUAUACACACAUGCAUACGCACUAAAAAAGAGCUACUUUUUCUGAGGUGGUGUCAACGCAUUAUGGGUAAAGUUAAACUUAAGUAACACAACCAUCCAAAUGGUCUGCUUUAAAUAAAUUUGGUGGACCUUAAGGGAUUGUUAGACCAAAAACCAAGACACAGGAAUCUAUUAAAGACAGAAAGGUUAGCUGUCUGUUUCUGUGCCUUAGGAAAUGGUGAGUUAGUGAGAUUGAGCCCUGGCAUCCUUUGAAUUCCUUAAUUUAGUUUCUGGAAGCAAUAGAAUAAAACCUUCUCCCUCAAAGACAAAAUCCUAGAAUAUAAGACUCCAGUGUUCAUCAUAGCAGACAAGAGUAAUACAUACAAAAAACAAAAUCUCGUCAAGCAAAAGAAAACAAGCAGACAUUUAGACUUCAGAAUUCAAACUUACAUGGCUCCAAGAAGUAAAUGUUGCUCCUCAUUAUUUGUCAAAUUUGUUGUUUCCUUCCUCAUUGUUGCUUCAACGUUUAGCUCCACCCUUUCGCUACAGCUCAACCAAACUCUUCAGCCACAACAAGAGCUGCAGAAAUUAAGAAGGAUCAGAGCUUAUCUCAAGAAAAUCAACAAGCCUGCUGUCAAGACUAUUAAGAGUCCCGAUGGAGAUUUCAUAAACUGUGUUCAAAUACAUCUUCAACCAGCUUUUGAUCAUCCAGAGCUCAAAGGACAAAAGCCAUUGGACCCACCAGAAAGAACUAAAAAUUCAGACCCUGUUGAUGAAGUUACCCACAAUCUUCAGCAAUGGACAGAAUCUGGAGAAUCAUGCCCAGAAGGAACUAUUCCAAUCAGAAGAACUACAGAAGAAGAUAUUUUAAGAGCAGAUAAAAUUCGAAGAUUUGGAAGAAAACCUAGAAGAUUCGUAAGGCGAGACUCAGAUGGCAGUGGUCAUGAGCAUGCAGUAGCUUUCGUUAACGGGCAGCAGUUUUAUGGUGCCAAAGCCAGUAUGAAUGUUUGGACACCUCAAGUAACUGAUCCAAAUGAAUUUAGCUUGUCACAAAUUUGGGUCAUCUCCGGUUCUUUUGGGAAUGAUCUUAAUACCAUUGAAGCAGGCUGGCAGGCAAACCCAGCAUUGUAUGGUGAUCAAUACCCGAGAUUUUUCACGUAUUGGACGACGGAUGCGUACCAGGCCACUGGAUGCUACAACCUAUUAUGUUCAGGCUUUGUUCAGACCAACUCCAAGAUAGCCAUUGGAGCAGCAAUCUCCCCCAGAUCAACCUUCAGUGGUAGACAAUAUGACCUCAGUAUCACAGUUUGGAAGGACCCAAAACACGGACACUGGUGGCUUGAACUUGGAUCAGGGUUAUUAGUAGGGUACUGGCCAGCAUUUUUGUUCAGCCACUUACGAACACAUGCAAACAUGAUUCAGUUUGGAGGAGAAAUUGUUAACACCAGAUCUUCAGGUUUCCAUACGGCCACUCAAAUGGGUAGCGGCCAUUUUGCUGAUGAAGGGUUCAGAAAAGCUGCAUAUUUCCGUAAUUUACAGGCGGUUGAUUGGGAUAAUAACUUGAUUCCUUUAUCAAAUCUUCAACUUCUGGCUGAUCAUCCUAGUUGCUAUAAUAUAAAACAAGGAAGAAAUAAUGUCUGGGGCAAUUAUUUUUAUUAUGGAGGACCGGGAAGGAAUGUACAUUGUCCUUAAAACUUAAAAGAAUAGAGAAAAGGAGAAUUGUGAUUUUGAUUUUGGUUUUCUCAUGGCUUCAUUAAGGUCAGGUUAUGAGUAUUGAUAUCUUAGUAUUAUUUCUCUAGCAGUGCAUUAUUCAGUGAGAUCAGUGUAUAUCCAAGAAAUACAAGUUGUUAAUAGGCUAUUCUUUUUUA